CGUCCCUGGUCCAGUGGUGGAAGACGUUCCUGGUCCAGUGGUGGAAGACGUUCCUGGUCCAGUGGUGGAAGACGUUCCUGGUCCAGUGGUGGAAGACGUCCCUGGUCCAGUGGUAGAAGACGUCCCUGGUCCAGUGGUAGAAGACGUUCCUGGUCCAUUAUACUGAAUGGAAUGUUACAUGUUGUUCUUUAUGUAAAACUCUUAAUGAUCCCGUCACAUUCAGGUUGUAGAACUGAUUUACAACACAUUUAACACAAUGGUUGUUGUGAUACAACUUAUUUUGGUGAUAAAUUGUCUGCACAUAAAUGUUUACUCAAUCAUUGUGCCGUGGCUCCACAGUCCACAACGCUUGUUUAAUUAUUUUGGUCCAGAAAACCUUGUUGUGCCAAAUGCGUUGUACAUACAACAUGUGUGUACAGGGCCAAUGUCUAGCGUAUCCUGUUGUAAAUAAGGAUUUGUUCUUCACCUUCUUGCCUAGAUAAAUAAAUACAUCAGUAAUAUCAACAGAAGAGCUGAUCAGGAGGAUCAUGUAAAAGGUUAUAGCACUGCCUUGGAGAGAUCACGGUUUCCUCUAACAAUUCAUUUAAAUAUAUUAAUUCAUACAUUUGUCCCAUUGUGGUUGCAGAAUAAAUGGUACAUAUGAUAGUUUCCUGGUGAAAUCUCUGUGAUACGGUGGCAGUGGAGUCAAACUUCCGCUAGAUGCAAGAUGUUUGUGUGUUGACAGAACUGGACAAACUGAGGGGUCAUUUCCAGCUGCUGUCAGUCCUGCCAGCAGCCAAACGCUCCUCUCUGCUCCAGCUCCUCAAGACAACCAUGGAGGACAGAGAGACAGUCAGUGUGCUGGAGAGUGUGCUGGACCAGAUGUGCACAGGGAAGACAGCUGACCUGGGGGAGGUUAAGGAAGUGUCUCAGAUGCAGACAGUCCAGGCCAUACUGAACCUUCUAGAGCAUUCGGACUCCAGCCCAACACACUCUGUCCUCAGUGAUUCCAGCCAGAAACCCUCCCUCAGUGAUUCCAGCCAGACACCAUCCCUCAGUGAUUCCAGCCAGACACCAUCCCUCAGUGAUUCCAGCCAGACACCAUCCCUCAGUGAUUCCAGCCAGACACCAUCCCUCAGUGAUUCCAGCCAGACACCAUCCCUCAGUGAUUCCAGCCAGACACCAUCCCUCAGUGAUUCCAGCCAGACACCCUCCCUCCUCAAUGCCACUCAUCUCAUUGUCAGUGCCAUGGAUGGAAUGACAGAUGAAGGUCUCUCUGUGUUGGGAUCCUGUUGCAGUCCUCCAGUCUUACAGGCCCUGCAGAUCCUGGUGCAGCAUGUGGCAGCAGGGAGUGGGGAGACCCUCUCUCUGAGAGAUGCAGGUCUGGCUGUUCUGACUGAGGAGGACGUGUAUCAGAGGACAGAGAGUCUCUUUGGUCACUCUGAAGUUACACUGAAGAGAGAGGACACACUGAGGACAGAGAUGAAGGACCAGCCUGGAUACCUUCCUCUAGUCAUGAGUAUCACUGUGAAAGGCCUGGCCUCUUUAGUUUAAGGAGAGACUGAGUGAGAGAGGGAGGAGCGGUUUCCUUCCUCUCCGGCAACUGAGUUAGGAAGGGCGCCUGUAUCUUUGUAGUGACUGGGUGUAUUGAUACACCAUCCAAAGUGUAAUUCAUAACUUCA